CCCGGGCUCAAGCUCCUAGUCGUACUCUGCUAAAACUUUCGUCACUCCAUCCUCCCUCGUUGUAUCUGCAGGCGUUUUCAACCGCAAAUCAGCCUCAAGGAAUUUAGUUCAACAUUUUCGCCCGAAGCUAGCAUUAUUGUCCAAAUAAUUGCUGCUUGUCUCCCAAUUCAUUUAUUUUAUACUAUUGUCUUUUAAAUCGCGAACCUCCCGGAUUCGCAUACUCCCUGCUUGGGCUUAUCACUAUGGCUUCCCGGUUGCCAUUCCACCGUUUCUCCCAACAAAGCCUCAAAUCGGCCCCUCGAAUCAACUAUGUCUCCUGUAACCGAUGGCUAGGAAGUCGCCGGGGUGUCUCGUCGUUGACGCUUCGGAAUCACCCUAAGGGUGUCGCUUGGUCUUCGUCUGGUCUAACGAGCGUUUCCAACGUAUCUCGCACCGCCCUGUCCCCUGUUGGGAGAUUUCAAGUUCGCACUUAUGCGGACUCCGUGGUGAAGGUCCCGCAGAUGGCGGAAUCGAUCACUGAGGGCACUUUGAAACAGUUUUCUAAACAGAUUGGGGAUUUUGUCGAGCGGGAUGAGGAAAUCGCUACUAUCGAGACCGACAAGAUCGACGUGUCUGUCAAUGCUCCCGAAUCAGGUACCAUUAAAGAGUUCCUUGCGAAUGAAGAGGACACCGUAACGGUCGGACAAGAGCUUGUCAAAUUAGAACUUGGCGGCGCCCCCGAACCCAAGGAAGAGUCCGCUGAAAAGCCCAAGGAGGCAGACAAGCCAAAGUCUCCAGCUCCGGAAGAGACCAAGAAACCCGAGCAGGCAAAGCCUUCGAAGCCAGAGACCGAGGCUCCCAAACAACCUUCAGCCCCCAAGCAGCAACCCCCGGCCUCUAAGCAGCAACCUGCCGAGGAAUCUAAGCCCAGCAUCGGCGGGCGUGAGGAGAGAAGGGUGAAAAUGAACAGAAUGAGGUUGAGGAUCGCCGAGCGCUUGAAGCAGUCUCAAAACACCGCCGCCUCCCUGACCACAUUCAACGAGGUCGAUAUGUCGUCUUUGAUGGAAUUCCGGAAACUGUACAAGGAUGACGUUCUGAAGAAGACGGGUGUCAAGCUCGGAUUCAUGAGCGCGUUUUCCAGAGCCUGCGUUUUGGCCAUGAACGAUGUCCCUGCGGUCAAUGCUUCGAUUGAAGGUCCCAACGGUGGUGAUACUAUUGUCUACCGUGAUUAUGUCGAUAUCAGCGUUGCUGUGGCUACUGAAAAGGGCCUCGUUACGCCCGUGGUGCGCAACGCGGAAACCAUGAACCUGGUGGGGAUUGAGAAGGCUAUUGCGGAACUUGGAAAGAAGGCUCGUGACAACAAAUUGACCAUUGAGGAUAUGGCCGGUGGCUCUUUCACUAUCAGCAAUGGUGGUGUUUUCGGCUCUUUGAUGGGCACCCCCAUCAUCAACCUGCCGCAGACUGCUGUUCUUGGGCUCCACGCCAUCAAGGACAAGGCGGUGGUCGUGAAUGGCAAGAUCGAGAUUCGCCCUAUGAUGUAUCUUGCCCUGACUUAUGAUCACCGACUUUUGGAUGGCCGAGAGGCAGUUACCUUCCUUGUUAAGAUCAAGGAGUACAUCGAGGAUCCGCGUCGCAUGUUGCUCAUCUAGGUUGGGCCAGUUCGACUCAUCAUGCUAGGCAUAUUGGAACCCAGGUUUCUUUUGUCUACAGAAGGGAUUCCCGAUCAAUUUUGUAGAUUAAUAUCGUGUAAAGAAGUUUUGAACUCCAGAGCCAUGUCACUGUCACAGGGGGCAUUGUUCAAAUGGGGGGGCUGUUGCUGGUGAAAUUGCAAGUUCGAUGUCACAAUUCUGUUCUCAUACAUAGUAUAUAACCUUUAUGUAUGCAUAUAAAACUGUGUCCUUAUCGCA